UGCUCUGUUCCCUCUCCGUUCGGUCUGCUUUCGCGCCGACAGGUGCGUCCACAGGGUCUUGCAUGCACACGAGGCCGGCCUCGAAUUGGUAUUUCUUUUUUUUUUUUUGGCCGUAUUCGACUGACAGUGCCACAGCUGUUUAUGGUUGUGAAGCGGAUCGCGGAGAAGGCUCCGGAGCCCCGCUUUGGGCCACGCCGGUUCCCCGUUAUCGUGGCUUAAUGGUGCCCCUAUUUCAAAGUGAGCGCGUCCCGCGCGUCACAGCCAUUAGGUCAGCUGAUUGUGCAUCGUCUUGUGACCGCGAAGUGCGACCGUGCGCCAGGAUGGCUGCGUCUCUGUGUGAUCGUGUUUCAAUCGACGAUUCCCUGGACGUCUCGUCUUCACUGUGCCUGCGAUAAACACAAACGAAAAAUAGGAGCUGCACGGCGCUUUUUUUUUUUCGGGUGUGCGACGAAAGCUCGAGUGCGUUUAUGUGGGCCAGCACCUCGGACAAAACGACUGACCAUAUCGCGGUGCCCUGUUCACCGCUAUCUCGCACGCCGCCUGCAACGUUUCGGCAACCGCCAGAGCCCCGCAGCCGCAAAGCCUUCGCAUUGCUAAAGAUUCAGCGACGCUCUCAUCCCUCUACCGGAAAUACCUCGUGUGCAGUCGUUCCGCGAAGCUGUGCUAUUGUUCGUUCCGCGUCGCAGCGCAUGAUUGCUCUUGUUUCACAUCGGAGCUCAUGGUUCUUUAGGCCGACAGCGUGCGUUGUGUGAUUUGGUGCCUGCGUGUUUCUACCUGUGCGCACCAGUGUGGGAUAACAACAACGCGACACUGUGCUGAACCUCGUAAGAUUGUCACUUCAGUGUCGCUGACCUUCACGACGCUUUAUCUGCAUACUUGAAAGCCGCUGCAAUCUGACUAUAUGCACUGACGUCACUGAAUUGAUGGCGUUCCAGCCGUGCUGCGCGGAAGCGCCGGAUACUAGGCAUUCCUUCAGACACAUCAUGGAGCGCGAAGCGCAAGUCACCACAAGUGAUGUUCACGAUGACGAUGAUGAUGAAGAUCUCGAGGAUUGCGACCUCAGUUGUUUCUUGGAAUCGACUUUAUUCAAUUUCGAUGACCCCGGUGAGAAGGCAUCGCUACCAGCUUUACUGCCUUCGUCACUGGAUGUGCCACCUGUCAUGUCUUCACCGUUGUCAUACGAGUCCCUGUUGCCAUAUGCCAAAGAACCACUUCACCUCACGCCAGCAAAAUCCCCGGCAAACGAAGUGACAACGAAAGCCCCAGACCGCGCUCUCGCUGAUGUGCUACCGAAGAGUCCAAAAGGUGAACGGUCGCACGGCAAGUCCAAGAACAAGCGGGCGACGUCUUCGUCCUCCUCGCCGUCGCGAACCAAGAAGCCAGGCAUUAGCAGCGUCUCCAGCUCCUCGCGAGGAAAGCUCACCACGGUGUCGGGACCAAGUGCUGAAGACGAUGAACCUGGAUCCCUGCUUCCAAGUGGGAAUCUAUGCUAUCCACAUAGCUGCCGCAAGUGCUACAACGACUGUUUGAACAAACUUAUGACGCUGUGCGACAGCCCGCAGGCCAUGAACUUCAACGAUGCCCUACGGCAGCCGUACAAAGGCACCAAGCUGAGGAAGAAAGCCGAGACCGUGGACUCUGAAACCUACAUGGUGGACGUGGGAAGCAAGGCGCCGACGGCCACGGACACAGUCGUGCAGCUGUACUCCAUCGACACGCACUCAGUAUCCAGGGUGUACUGCGUCGUCUUCAGCAGCAGGAAGCUCAGCGACCUGCAUAUGGGCCUAACAAAUAAGUGUUACGGAUUUAGGAUUAUACGCAGAAUUGUGUUCGUGGAUGACACCCUGCCAGAAAACUUUGCCAAAGCAUACGACGAAUACGCCCUGACUCAUUCGCGGUGCUACCAGCCGCACCCUGAUAUGAGGCCCAAGGAGCAGCACUACCUCGUGGUGGAGAGCGACUACUGUGGUCCCAGUGUCCUCCAUUCUAAGAUCAAGCCCGCGCAAGCGAUCAGCAUCAUCGGCCAGGUCGCGUGCACGUUGGCGGUCGCUGAACGAGAGCUGCAGUUCGAGCACCGGAACCUGCUCGAGGAAAACAUCAGGGUGCUGCCAUCCACGAGCAAGAACCACCACUUCCUCAUCGACGGCCGCACUUGUUGCGUCAAGGGAGGCGGCCUCAAGGUCACCCUCGUCGACGACAACUUCGGCCGCAUGACUUACAACAAUGAAAUCAUCUUGCGCAUGAGGAACUACAAUUGCGUCUACAAAGACAAGACGGCCCAAUACCUCACCCUGGAAAGGGUAAUAAAGAAUCGCUGGGACCUGUUCCACCCGCAGACCAACGCUGUGUGGCUGGCGUACCUGUGCGGCCACCUGAGCGACUACCUGACCGUGCCCAACCCGUCGGGCGAGUGGCAGCGCAGACUGGAGCUGCUGGCGUUCAUGCAGCGUGACCUGCAUCGGUUCCACUCAGCCGAAGAGUUCGUGUGGAACUACAUCACCAGGAUUGGCCAUGUGCAUGAAGAUCACGGUUACCAGCCGCACUCUUGGGAAAACCGCACGACGUCCAGCCAGCCCAUAUACACGGGCCUUCUGAGAAUGCUGCACUGGAGAGACAAGAAGAAGGACGACCCUCCGGGGCCCUCGACGAAUCCGGGCCCUCCUCAGGGAGGUGCUUCCAGUGCUCCAGCGCAGCUCGAUAGACGGCGGCCGCACUAGUUAGGCGCCUCGACCUCACACGCUGGCAUAGUUCCCGGCCUGGCGCCCUUAGCGCACCCUUAAACGCACUAAAUAAGAUUAGUAUGCGCGAAACGUGAAACAUGCGUAACUUUUAUGCUCGCCCAGCGGAAGCACGAUUUGUACCUGGUUUGGCCAUAUCCGAAACAAAGCGCAAACACUGUUCCACAUCGAGGAAAAUUUCAACAACUUGUUCGCGUUUGCGUUUGGCCAUGGAAAGUGCCUUCAUACAGAAAAUAUUUAAAUGCUAUUUGAUAUAAGAAAGUGUUUAGCUUAGUAAUUGUUAAUUAGUGAUUGGUUUGCUGUAAUACAUCCAAUAGAAAGCUCGCUUCAGAAACACUGCUCUCAGCGUUCCGGGCGUGUAUCGGAGUUUUGAGCUUUCAAACACUAUGUUUGGUUAUACGCCCCGUGGGGCAGGUGCAGGGGCUAUCUCGUUCAGCGGCUAAGCUGAAGAUCGCGGGUUCGAUUUCCCGGCGUGGCGGCCGUAUUUCAAUGGGGAAAAUGUAGUAACGUUUGUGUAUUCAAAUUUAGAGAGAGAGAGAGAGAAGAACGAAGAGGUAAACGCAGAGGUAAACGCAGAGGUUAACCAAGAACAUGUCCGGUUGCCUACCCUACACUUGGAGAGAAGAAAAGGCGGAAAUAGAUAAAGGAAGGAAAAGAAAAAUAAUGAAGUAAUUAUUGUCAGUCGCUUCCUAAAGUGCCUUUAGCAUUGCAACAUAAAAUAAACUUGGCAGAAGGGUACGCAUUUUGGCGUGUUGGUUCAUGAUUACUAGCAGAAAACGGCGCUAAAGGAUAGAACGAAGAGAAGGACACAGACCACAGCGCUAACAAGCAAGUGUUUUUAUUGAUUCGGUCAGCACAUAUGUACUCGUAUACACAGGGUGAUCAAAGUUAAGUUGACAGUUUUUUUAAAUUUAGACACAGAGACCUACGUGAAGACCACCUCUCCCGUAGGGUUAUGUGGCGAGGGGUGCACAAAGUGAGAUGAUAAUUAUUGUUGUUAGCAGUGCAAUCAACGAAAAUUGAAUAAUGAACUUUUGACUGGCUGUAGUAAGCUGGCACGUUUGUAUUGAAAAGUUAGAGGCAGUCGUGUUUCUACAGAGUUCCACUUGGCAGAAUUCUUCUGGCCUAUCCGUGGUUUGAGAUAUCGAAUAUCGAACUGCGAAGUUUAAUUCCCGUUCGCAUGAUUACGCAUGCAAGAGAGUGAGGACCGGCGCAAAGCCCCUCCCUUAUCUCGGUAUGACAGAAGCUACCAUCGUUACAGGCUGCACGGCUCCGUGUUUUGAUAGUGGUUCCGAUUUCUGCGCUCUGCGAUUACUUCAGCCCAGAGUGAAAGGGCGAAACAUGUUUUGAUAGUGGUUCCGAUUUCUGCGCUCUGCGAUUACUUCAGCCCAGAGUGAAAGGGCGACAGUUAACACUUUUGCCUAUGCCUCCUCCCCGUCGUCAGACUGAACGGCGUACGCAAAAGGCGCGUUACAUAAGGGAGAAGCUUUGCUCCCCCUUAUGUGGGUAAUACAGGUUAACAUCCACAGCGUAGCGCCUUCCCUGAGAAGCUGUGGCAUGCACGUUUUUCGGCAAAUUCGAAGUCCCUGUUGCGUAAACACAAAAGGCUUCUGGUCAUCAAUGCAGACGACCAGAAAAAAAGGAAGCCACAAGAAACGCCGGAACUUGGCACUUACUUGACCUCAGCUUGAGCGAAUAAAGAAAUCAAAGCGACGAAGGAUGGCUUCCGGUGUGCAAAUACGGGUAAGAGUGGGCGUGUACAUACCAGAGCCGAAGGGUGUCAGUACAGCUAAAUGUUACUUUGCCCAUUGGUCAAAUUCAACUAGACCGUUAUGCGGUAGUGCCUCGAAGGCAAGCAUCAUUUUUGCCACUAUAUUGUCGGCUGAGGCAUAGCACUUACGGACUCUGCAUGCUGGCGUUCUCUUUGGUGUACGUCCUUCAAUCUACUUCAAGAAAUAAGAGUGCAUGAAAAAAAAAAAGAUUGAAGGGUAAAGUUAUUGGGGGCUUGAGUGGAAUCGAGAGAAGUGAAGACUAAGACAGAGAAAUGAACGAAAAACAGGUGUGGCUCACAUGCGUAAACCCAUCUUUGAUCUUUGUACUAAUGAAACUCUAGAAGAAAAGCUCGAGUACCACUUAACGUGGAUCGAAUAACUGCCCGGGUUGUGUUGUUCCAGUACAGUUGUUCGACUGUCUGCUUCAUUUCUGCACAGGUACAGGAUGUGUCUUUUGCAAAGUAAUUCCAGGCGUCAGACAGCCUGAAUUGAGGCAGGGGAAUGAACGCUAGCUUUAACCAAGCAUAAGAGUGUGAAAAAUGAAGGAAAUUAUGUGAAUCACGUUAGGUAAAAUGCGAUUUCAGUAGAAUGCCGCAGUAAAAUGGAAAAGGACAAUGCAAGGCGAAAGAUUUCAGGCAUCUGUAUUGCGGCCGUGUGAACUGUGGGUGCAGCAAAACAACGUGGCUGGUUUGCAAGCGAACGCGCAGAACGAAACAUGGCAGAUCUAUAAUCGCGGACAACUUCCAGCGGCAAUGAAGGGAAAGCUACGGGCGCGUGGAUGCUUCACAUGUGUUGCCAAGCCAAGUAGUCCGGCAGCGUUUGGCAGUGCUUGUGGUUGCUCGGAACAGACGCUGAAUAGGCACAG